CAAAGAAACUAAGAUAAAACAUAGAAACAAAACACCUUUCAUCUCUUUCAUAUUAAAAUGGCAAUGGCUCAAAAGGAUAGGAAUACAAGGAUGGCUCAAAGGGCCUUUGAAAUGGUCGAUAAGGUGUACGGUAGGUCCCAUAAAAUAAGCCCUCCAGUACUAUAUGUUCCUAGAGAUGAGUCUGCUCCUCGUUUUAACCAAAAACCUUAUGAAUAUGGUGGUCCAAAAGUUUAUACCGUAAAAGAGGGAACUAAUACUACUAGUUGCCGCCGAGUCAUUUAUCAGUAUUCAAAGGAGUCAACCACAAAGGAACCGGUUGUUUCUCCCCCCACGGAACAUAUUCAAUACUUCGGUGGUGUCCAUCCUCAUAUGGGCCAUGCAAACAGAUUUGAGACUGCGAAAGGACGGCCUAUUAGCUGCGACGAGGCCGUCCAACUCUAUGGAGGGGUUCUUAUAAGGGAAUAUCGUAAAUAAGCGGGGGAAACUAAAAUAAUGUUGAAGAUGGAGGGUGAGUUUGUAUAAAAGUAUUUAUAGUUGUUAUUUCUGAUUACGGAAAAGUGCAGACCAACACAUAUCCUUAAGCUUGUCGUAAUGGUUUUCACUUAGAAUAAGCUUUAGAUCACUACCAAGUGUUUGUGUCUGUUAAGUAUCAACAAGUACUUCAAGUUGAAGCUUUAUGUAAAAUAAAAUCCUAGGGUGUUACUUCUGAUGAUGAUAAAUAAUAUGCUUUCUUAAUGCAUUCA